AUGGCUAAACCCAAUCCUGUUGUACAAAUCCCCAUUACGUGGCCUCAGGGUACAUAUGGGUUAACACAGACAGAAGGCAAGCACGUAUGCCCAAGUACACCUGGCUUCACCUGGCACACUGGAUGGCGUAAACACGACACAGAAAAACGCAACGACUGGUCUGAUGGAAACCAUUUUGUUGGACCCUACUGGAACAACGAUAUGUACGACAACUUCUGUAUGAAACACGAAACUAAAGUUACAGAAUACGACUGGACCUGGCCCGAUGGCCAAUAUUGCGUCUACCAGGCAGGCUCAAAUUGCCCUUCGAACCUAAAGUCAGGCGCGAUCUUCUGGGAUGAUAAAAAUACUGGUCACGACGACUUCGGAGGACAUCUUCCGAAAGGCACCUAUAACCACGACACCAAGAUGUACUUCUGCUGUCAAGAUGAUGGAUUCACCACAAAAGAAAUAUACCUUCCUACUGACAGUCCAUUCUACUUGUUCCCAUAUAUCGCGGACCAUUGUCAAAAGGUUGCUGGUAUGACUGCGAGUAUGGAAUUUUUCUGGUUUGACAAUGAAAAUACCAGCAAUGAUGAUUAUAAAUUUGGUUACUAUCCAUAUUCCUAUGGACAUAAAGGUCAUCUUAUACACUAUUGCUACUAUACUCCUAAGUAAUUAGAAAUACAUCAGUAAGACAAUUAAGAUAUUUUUUUGUUAGAAUCCUAGCUGUCGGUAAAUAUCUCGUCGAUUUAUAACCGAAUUCAUUCAUUCAUUCAUUACUUAGCCUUUUAAAAAUCAGAAUACAAUUUGUGCGUACAGUAAAAUAAAAAUAAAAAAACAAAAUUGACAAUACAAAAAACUGUAAGUAGUCCAGAAUUAGC